AUGCCAGCGAACGUUGUAGGCGUACGAAUUUACCCACCAGUUGUGGAGUUUAUCGACGUGAAAGCCGGGGAGGUUUACAAAACUACUGUAACUGUUACAAACACGGGGAAAACUAAUAGACAAAUGCGAUUGCAUGGACCCAUCUCUCAGCUGUUCAAGUUGCGGGUGGUGAACCCAGACACGCAUGUUGCUCCGGGGCUGUCUUUGACUGCGACAGUGGAAUACGCGCCAGAAAAGGAAGAGGACACAACUGAUCGAUUGGUUCUAGUCUCGGAUGAUGACAUCAUUGAGAUCCCACUCCAUGCGUUUUGUCCGGCCUGCUCUCUGCAGAUUGCCUCCCUCGUUGAUUUCGGCUGUGUGGUGGCAAAUAGUCAGGUUAUCAGCAAGGACGUGGAACUGACCAAUCAUGGGUCUGCUCCAGGUUCCUUUCAGAUCCUGUACCAGGGGGGCGUCCCCCUCAGCAUCACGCCCCACAGUGGGGUGGUGGCACCAGGGGGCUCUGAGCUGGUCAGAGUGGAGCUGUGCGCUGACCUACCCCAGCGUGUGUGUGAGGAGGCCACGGUGAAGCUCCAGGGCGGGGCUGACGUGGUUCUGAGGGUGUGUGUGGAGGUGGUGGAGCAGGUUCUGCAGGUUCUGGACUCGUCUCGCGAGGGGGCGCUGUCCUGCCUCCGGUUCGGCCCGACCUACUUCGGGACGGCCCGGCUGGAGAAGGUGGUUCUGCUGAACGGAGGCCCGGAGCCCAGCGACUGGGUGGCGCUGCUACAGGACGAUGCCGUGGGAACUGAAGCGGGCACUGACCUGCAGCAGCACACCUGCAUGGUGCUGUUGGACAGGGAUGGGAGAAGAGACGUUCCCCCGGUGGAUUUCUCUGAUGUGGUCACCUGCAUCCCCAGUCAGGGGAGACUAGAGCCGAAUCAGAGCAUCACCCUGUCUGUGUGCUUCACUCCCAGAGACAACAGGACUCCCAAGGACAAAGGAAGCUCUGUCCCUGCUACCAAACAAGACUUCUGCCUCUUCCUGAAGUUUGUGAUUGUGGGCAGUAAGGAAGGCUUCGUACAUAGCCUUCAAAGUUAUUCUGUUGUUCUAAAUGACCAUUGAAGUGUGGAGCUGGCAGUCACGGGCUCCGGACUGCCGCUCUCCCUCACCGUCAGCCCCAGCCACAGCUAUAACUUCCCCCAGUGCAUGAUGGGAGAGUGCGCGGAGGUCCUGUGUGUCCUGCACAACCGCUCCCCGCUGCUGCCCGCCCCCUUCCGCUUCCGCAAGACCGCCCACUUCACCACCGAGCCGCCCAGCGGGCACGUCUCCGCCGGGCAGUCCCAGGACGUGUUGCUGUCCUUCGUCCCGCACCAGAUGGGUGUGUUCCGGGUGCGUCUGGUCCUGGAGGUCCUGGGGCAGGUGGCCCAGCUGGACCCCUCCUCCGCCCAGCUGACCCUGCGGAGCUUCUGUGACAUCACGCUCCAGCUGUCCGCCGUGUGCGCGGCUCGUACCACCACCGCCCCCGUGUCUCGGGUGGUGGCCAUGGAGACAGGCCAGUCUGAGGGUGUGUGUUCAGGUGUGCUGGAGCCCUGCGUGGGAGUCGUUCACCUGGCGGCUCCACCUGCCGGCAGGAUGCACCCCCCCUCCCUCCGGGACAGCCAGAAUCCGGGCCGCAACCAGGGGGGUACCAAGCACAGGACUACAGUGCAGCCAUACAGUUAUAUCGACCCAGACUAUGCCUUCACUGAGGAAGAGGAGCUGCAGAGGAAGAGGCACAGAGAGCAAUACCUCGUCUUCAUCAAAGCCUUGCGCCAAUCCCGCCUGCACAGGUCCAGAGACAGGAUGCUGGCUGCAGCCCAUGGGGAGGUGGACAUUGGGAUCCCCCCGGCUGGUGGCCUGGUUCCCCCGCGCCUCUCCCUGCAGGACAUGGAGCUGGAUCCGAGAGACGGGCGUGACCUCACCCCUCAGCCCGGCCUCCUCACCACCUGCACGCUCGCUGCCAUGGAAACCAGCGCAGCCUCCAGACUGGUGAGUCAGUCGAAAGGGACAAACGCGGUCCCCUCCACCGCAGAAGAGAUCUCUGACUGCAGGAAGACUCUGACAGCUCAAGAGCUCUACCUGGUGGCCAUCGGCCCGUCGGCGGUGGACUUUGGGGAGGUGUGCGCGCACUCCGUCUCCGCGCAGCAGCUGAGCCUGGUGAACGGGCUGCAGGCCCACGUUUGGGUGCAGGUGGAGGUGGGCAGCGCCGAGCUGCAGCGCUCCUGCCCCCUGUCCCACGUCCUGCCCCCCCUGUCCAGCACCGCCGUGCCCCUCAUCUUUGAGAGCGCUGCUCUGGGCUCCUUCGUCAGGUCGGUGUCAUACACAGUGAACAGGAGGCACUCGGGGCGGGUGGUGGUGCGGGCGGAGGUGGUCCCUGUGGCCCUGGAGCUGUCCGCCCCAGAGGUGGUGCUGGGCCCCACCCACGGCCUCCUCGUCCAAUCAGGCUACAGAGGCAGCGUCACGCUGUCCAACCGGCGCAAUCACCCCGCCCAGUUCACCUGGAAGCCAAUCAUCACCGACCGAGGCAUCGCUUUCUCCGUCCGGCCCGCCGCAGGUACUGUGGAGGCCCACCAGGAGCUGGACUGUGAGGUGGUGUGGCACCCCUCAUUCUACUCCCCUCAGGAGGGGCAGUUUGACCUGUGCGUGCAUCAGGGCAACACUACCAGGCUGCAGUGUGUCGCUAAGGUGGGGUCCUGCAGUGUGCAGCUGGCCGAGCAGCACGUGUUGCUGGCCUCAGUGCCGCUCAACCUCACCACCGUCAGGACGACCGCGCUGCGCAACACCGGACACAACCACGCAUACUUCCAGGUGUUUGACGUGUACCCUCUCCCCGGGAUGGUGGUGACCCCCUCGGAGGGCGUGGUGCCUGUGGGGGGGCAGGCAGACAUUGAGGUCCACUUCACUCCGGAGGCCGUGGUGAAGUUCGACACCAGGGUGGAGAUCGGGGUGAAGGGCUCUAAACCCCUGGAGCUUCGGCUGGGAGGGAGUGUGGAGCUCCCCCUGGUGGACAUCAGUGUGAAGUCCUUCCAGUUCCACGGCGUCCACGCCGGCUCCACGCGGGCGCUCCCGUUCUCCCUCCAGAACCUCUCCUCUGCCCCGGCCUGUGUGCAGUUUGACCUGUCCGCGCACAGAGACUUCACUGUGGAGUUUCCUCCGGGCGCAGGUACCAGGCCCGAGUCCCACCUCUAUAAGAUAACCGUGGAGGGACUGGAGACGGCCGACUGUUCUCUCAUAUUCUCUCCUAAGCAGGUGGCAGCGUAUGACUUCACUCUGCCCGUGACCCUGAACAACAUCGGUGCCCCCUCCCCUCCUCCCAGCUCCGUGCCCAAAACGCCGUCCUUCAGGGACAAGCACAUCGUCACCCCACGGCCCCAGCCCGUCACCGUGGUGACGCCCGCACGCAGGGUGCAGGCCACCGCUCUGAGGCCCCCUCUGGAGAUGUCUGAGUCCAGGGUGCAUUUUGAGAUAAACCCAGUGGAGGGGUCUGCUCCAGCAGUGAAGAUACAGACCCUGGAGCUGAGGAACUCCUCCCAGGAGGAGGUGCGCUGGAGGUUUGUCUGGGAAGCACGCGGGGGCAAGGAGGGCCAGUUCACCGUUUCCCCGGAGACUGGAACCCUGCAGGCUCAACAUGUGGCGGUGCCUCUCUUCCUGUGGGAGGAGACGCUCCACCCGUACAGGCUGCUCUCCCUCAGCGCCCGUGUGUGCGCGCCCACCGUCUCCUUCCUGCCCCCGCGGCUCAUCCUGCCCCCCGUGCCCCUGGACACCCCCGCCACCGCCACGCUCUCCCUCAUACUGCGCGGCUACACCAGGGGCUCCUGGCUCCGGGUGGAGGAGGUGGAGCUGGAGGGGGAGGGGGAGGAUGGCGGGCGGGUGUGGCCCUUCUCGGUGGCCCUCUCCCAGGGCGGGGCCAUCCCGGCCCAGGCGGCGGGGAGCUGUGAGCCCCUCACGUGCACCGUCACCUUCCGCUCCCAGCGCCCCCUCUCCGUCGCCUCACACAUCGCCUUCACCGACCGGGCCGGCAACAGCUUCCAGGUGGAGGUGUGCGCGACGGCCGAUAACUGCCUGCUCAGCGUGUGGCCGUACCUGGCUGUGCAUCGCUCCGACCAGCAGAUCGUUCUCAAGAGCGGACGUCUGAGCGGGGAAUCGGGACGGUCCCAGCUGAUUGGGGAGGCCAUGCUCCGCCCCUGCCCCUCCCUCUCCCGCGAGUCCCUGUCCCGAAGCACCACCUCCAGCUCCACCUUCCCCCUCAUGAGCUCCACCCGGGGGGAGACGCCCUCCAACUCGGGGGUGGAGAGCAGCAGUGACAGUGGGGGACGGACGAAAGAGCCCUGUGACGUCCCGGAGAGACUGAGGGUGCUGGGGCUCCCCUCCUUCCCCGCCGAGGACUCGGAGGACGGCUGCUUCUCCCACAUCGUCCUGCAGGCCGUGCAGAACUGGUUCAGCCAAUUCGGCUGGCCCCGGGGCCCCCACCCCAUCACCCUGCCCCAGGGCCUGAGGAGGGCCGUGUGUAAGAUGCUGGCCCCGGACUCGGGUCAGAAGAAGAGGGGGGCGUACCAGGUGAGUCCCGGGAAGGACACCCGGACGGUGUACGACAUGCUCCUCCACCUGAGCGGUCACAUGCUCCCCGGCCUCAGCGGCAGCCAAUCGCUGCCCCGCGGCCUCCCGAAACGCGUGGAGCAGCUCCGCGGCCGUCACGCCGCGCUCCUGUCCUUCCUCAGUGCACAGGGGGCCUGUCUGUCCCAUAUUAGACCAGAGUACCUCCUGGAACAGCCGGAGUUUAACCACUGGCAGUCCCUACCAGUAAGAGCUGACCAGCAGAAGAGUGAGGCAGUGGGUCCAGUCAGUCUGGAUGGCAUGGCCUUUGAGUCUCUCAGCAAACGUGCCUGGACUGAUGUUCUGUUGCAAGCCUACAAGGUUCUGGUGCUCCCGCGGGUCACACAGGCAGGUUUGGGAGGCCUCCGUGACGGGGACAGUAUUGGGCACAUCCCCAGGAUCAACCCUGACCCCCUAUCCAGCAACAUCUACUCCACCUGGGAGAGAAGGCUCCUCACCUGGCUCAACCUGCACUAUCACAGGAUGAGGAGUGUGGUGUGGAACCCCAGCGUCUGUAAAGGUAUGGCUUUGAGUGACGUCCCCUCAGCCAGGUGGAUUGUGAACUUUGACCUGGACCUGGUGGACGGGCUGGUCCUGGCAGCGGUUUUGGCAGCGCACUGCCCCUUCCUGAUUGCCACUCACUUCCGGAGGAUGUACACCAGCCCCAGCAGCCUGGAGCAGAACCUCCACAACAACAUCGUCCUGAGUGACAGCUUGCACCUGCUGCGGCUGGACAUCGACGUACAGGCUACAGACCUCUCUGACCCAAACCCAGUUCAGCUUCUGAUGCUGUGCUUGCACCUGUAUGAGCGCCUGCCUCAGUACCUGCCUAAAAGGACAAUUACACUGUCGGGCAGUCUACACAGCACCUUCACCAAGCAGGUGAGGCUGAAGAACCCUUCCUCCAGGCCUCUGCUCUACCACGCCUCCAUUCUGGGCGAGGAGUCGGGCCAUUUCUCUCUGCCGCACGGGCCCACUGUCAGCAUCCCCCCAAAGGGGCAUGUGGAGGUGCUGGUGCACUUCUCCUGCGGUCUCCUGCGGCCGAUGGAGGCGGGGCUCGUGUUCACCUCGCGGGCGUCGUCCGGGCCCCUGGGGGCCACGCUGGCAUUCUCUCUGCGCUCUGAGGUGGUCCACAUCACCCCCGCUGGCUGUGUGAAGUGCAGAUCCCCGUGUUACCAGCAGACAGAGGCCCAGCUGAAAGUAUCCAAUCCCUUCAGUGAAGAUGUCACAUUCAGGGUGUUUCUGCUGGAGUCCAGAGAGAGCCUGACCCAGUCUGGCGAUGGAGAACGCAGCCCGAAGGACCUGAUUCAACGCCUCACAGCAGUGAGCAGCCAGAACCAGCACUGCUCAGAUGGGUAUGAGCAGAACCUUCAGCAGAACAGAACCAGGAUCAGAGGCAUUGGAGCCAUCAGUGAGUUUUUCUGCCCUCUGAAGAAUGUGUGUCUGAAGACCAGAGGAACAGACCUCCUGCACAUUCAGUACCUUCCCUUUCAACAGGGCAAGAGAUACUGUUUCAUUCUUCUGCUCAACGAACAGGUGGGGGACAUGGUGUACCUGGCUGAUGGAACAGCAGACCUGCCCCUGCCAUCUGCACUGGCUUCAGAGCCCAGUCCUCAUGUGGUGGAUCUCAGCAGCUCUGGACCUGCGGGAGCCACGCUGCGCUUCAGGUGCCGUGUUGGGGGCCGCCUGCAGGAGGCGCUGCUGGUGCCGCGGGUGAACGAGCCCUGGGAGCGCGCGCUGGCCGCGGCGGCGUGCCGGGGAAUGUCGCCGCUGGAGCGGGAACGCCGCGGGAAGACCGGCACGGCGGCCUGCAGCACCGUCAGGGCCCACGUGGCCGCGCUGGGACUGACCGCCGCGCAGACCAAGGUGAUGAAGUACAGUGUGGAAGUUUCCAUGCCAGAGCACUUCUUCCUCCCGGAUACCGUGUCACUUCCUGUUUGCAGCGAGGGGGCAGACUCACAGCUCGACACAGCAGACGGUGUGGGGGUGUGGGUGCCCCUGCAGUUCCACCCCGGGGCAGAGGGGCAGUACCAGUGCCAGGUGACCCUGCGUUCGGAGCAGGACGUGCGGGUGCACCUGCUGGAGGUGACGGUGCACGGGGAGGAGCUCCAGGCCCAGCUGGAGUUCACCGUCCCGGCCCACGGCUCCGUCACGCAGGACAUCCCGCUGAACAGUGAGAAUCUGAGGGACUGUCGGAUGCGGGGUCUGCUCCCUGUUUGGGGCUUCUCUGCGCCCCCGGUGGUGUACGUCAGAGCGGGCCAGAAACUCAGCUACCCCGUGACCUUUCACCCCACCUCCAAGUGUGUCGUCAUGGGCCAGCUCUCCCUCGUCAGCGAGGCGGACGGGGCGGAGUACAGUUUUGGGGUGCGGGGGGUGGGGGAGCGGCCCCGGGCUCAGGAGCAUGUGCUGAUCCAGUGUGCUGUGCAGGAGGAGACCCAGACCCUGCUGCAGGUCCCCAACUACAGCCAGCGCACCGUCACCUGCAGGAUAGUUUCAGACCUGUCCAUAGUCAGCGGACCUCCCGCCCUCCAGAUCAAACCGGGCCGCACAGUCCCCUACGCCAUCAGCGUGUCGCCAUGGAAACGAGGAACACACACAGGGGUCAUCUCCUUCGUUGCUGAAGACAGGGAUCCUCCCAUCUACACGCCCGCCCACCUCCUGUGCGACCCAGAGUAUCAGGGUGAGAAGAUCUGGCCCUAUGAGGUGUGGUUCUCCCUGGAGGUCACGGCCUCCCCCGCCCCGCCCGUGAAGGUUCUGACAGCCCGCUGCGCUGUGCAUAGCUCCGUGACGGUGGUGAUCCCUGUGACUAACCCCGGGACGGAGGCGGUGCAGCUGCAGGUGUUCAUGGAGGGCGCUGACCUGGCGGGGGAGGAGGCCAUCAGUGUGCCCGGCCGGGAGACGCUCUCCUACCUGGCCCUGUUCUGCCCGGCAACAGUGGGGAGGAAGUCUGGCAGUGUUGUGUUCCAGUCCGAGGUGCUUGGGGAGUUCUGGUACGAGCUGGAUCUGAUGGUUGAUCCGCCAGCCCCCACAACCCUGCCGGACUGCAGCUGUGAACUGGGAAAGUGGACGCGGGUGUCCCUCCCGUUGGCCAACCCCACAGACGAGACACUGGAGCUGGACGUGCUGAACAGCAACCCGCAGAACUUCAGCCUGGAGCCGGGCCAAGCGCUCAUUGUGGAGCCUCACUCCACCACCCAGCUCCUGGUGCGCUUCUCACCGUCUGCUCUGGGAAGAGGAAACCACACUGCAGACAUAUGUUUCACCUGCACACAGCUGGGCGAGUGGGUGUUCCUGCUGUCCGGGACCGGGCUGGCUCCGGGGCCCAUGGAGCCCCUGUCCGUGGCCAGCAGAGUGGGGUCCCACGCCUCCCUCAUCCUCCCUUUCAGGAACCCCCUGGAGGACGACGCGGUGCUCCACAUCUUCCUCACAGAUGAAGAGCAGAGCUCCAGCACCCUGCAGCCCUCCGUCCUGGGCCAGCACCAUGAGUGCAUGACGAAGGCUUUCAGCAUCCCGCUGCGGAAGACACAAGGCAUCCGGCUGGCUCCGGACGACGCCGUGGACGUGCCGGUGGUGUUUACCCCUCACUCCAUGCGGCGCUGCCACGCCUGGGUGGUCCUCCUCCUGCAGCCCGGCGACGGGCAGAGCCGGGGUUCUGAUUGGCUGGGUGAGACGGAGGGCGUGGCUUCCAGUGAGGGGGCGGAGCUCUCCGACGCUCACCGGGACGGGGCUCUCGGUGUGUCGGCGGAGGUUGACGGGCCGCGGGAGAUUCGAUGGGUGUACCCCGUGCAUGGCAUCCCCGAGUCGGUCCUCAGCCCCUCGCACCCAGCUGUGAUCAGGUGUCAGGCUCGGUGCCGGGUGGAGGAGUGUCUGGACGUGCAGCUGACCGGGUGUUUGCCGGGGACAUCGACCCCUCCCGUGCCCAGGGACCAGGCUGCCAUCAGCGGGCGCAGUGGGGCAGCAGGGGGCCCAGGCUCAGGCUCCAUGCAGGAGGACUUCCUGUACGAGAUUCGGUGGGAGGGGGAGGAGGGCCGGGCCCUGCUGGAGCACUGCGUGGCUCUGUCUCUCCAGGGGUGUGAACGAGACCCACAGUCCGGCGUCGUCACACUCACCUUCAGCGUGGUGUUCGCCCCCUACAAGCCCACCAGGUGUGCGGCUGCAUUAGCCGUUCAGUGCAUCACCGGCGGACUCUGGACAUUUCCCAUCAUGCUCAUCUCCACAGAGCCACAGGUAGAUGAUGUCAUCACCAUAGAAGCAGUAGGCCUGAAUAAGACAUCAGCAGUCGGUUUCAGACUCUCAAGCCAAUCCAGGUACCCAGAGUGCUUCACUGCACGCUUCCUGCCCGGCAGUGGGCCUGAGUUCCAGGUGUCUCCUCCCUCCGGAGAGCUCCUUCCUGUGGGCACAUCUGGCACCCUCCUGACGGUCACCUUCACCCCCACCAUGUACAGCAAAAAACACCAGGCCACACUGCUCGUGCAGACGGCGGACAUGCACUGGACCUACGAGGUCAACGGGGUUCCUCCUGUCUACACUCCGCCCUCGCCGCUGUCCGUCAAGGCCAAGGUGUCCACCAAGCUCCACCCCCCGGCGGCGCGUCAGCAAGACUCCCUCCGGCGGAACCUUCCGGUCCCAACCGCCGCGGCCAAAUGAACCCCUCCUUCAUCAAGCGACUUACAGUUGAUUAGACUAAGCAGGGGACAAUCCUCCCCUGGAGCAGUGUGGUGUUAAGGGCCUUGCUCAAGGGCCCAACGGCUGUGCGGAUCUUAGCAUGGCUACACCGGGUUUGAACCAGCAACUUUCCAGGUCCCAGGCAUUUACCUACAGGCUGACUAUGUUCCAUAUUGUCCCAAAACGUUCCACAGUGUCUCUGUGUAUUGGGUUGCAGAGUGUCGUGUGUUUGUUUGUUAGCUGGUGGUGACUAGCAUGGGGUCCAGUCACAAGCAGGUUGCCGAGGGGCCGUUGCCUGCAGUGACCUCACGGUUAUCUCAUGUUCUCUCUGUGCAGUACAUACCUCCCCCGGAGCCAGCACUUCCUCUGGAGGACACUGACCCAAAAGCCAGCUCGUUAUAAACAGUCACAGCAUCCCGGCUGUCCGUACGGACAGAAGCCCUGUUCUGCUCUUUGUUAAAGGGGCCACAGGGCUCCUGUCCCUCGUUAGAGCCAAUCACGGUGUUCCCAUCCUACAUUAGAGCCAAUCACGGUGUUCCCAUCCUACAUGAGAGCCAAUCACGGUGUUCCCAUCCUACAUGAGAGCCAAUCACGGUGUUCCCAUCCUACAUUAGAGCCAAUCACGGUGUUCCCAUCCUACAUGAGAGCCAAUCACGGUGUUCCCAUUCUACAUGAGAGCCAAUCACAGUAUUCCAAUCAUACAUGAAAAUCAAUCACGGUGUUCCUAUCUUCCAUUAGAGCCAAUCACGGUGUUCCAAUCUUCAUUUAGAGCCAAUCACAGUGUUCCAAUCCUACAUGAGAACCAAUCACAGUGUUCCAAUCCUUAAUUAGAACCAAUCACGGUGUUCCAAUCCUACAUUAGAGCCAAUCACGGUGUUCCAGUUCUUCAUUUGAGCCAAUCACGGUGUUCCAGUUCUUCAUUUGAGCCAAUCACGGUGUUCCUUCAUUACUUGAGUUCAGUUAUCCAGUCCUGCGUUGCACUGAAUCACAAUGUUCCAAUACUGCAUUGCAGCGAUUCAGUGUUCCAAUUCUCCAUUACCAAGAAUCAACAUGUUUCAAUAUUCAUUUUGAUGAAAUCAUGUUAUUUGUUGUUAUUUCCAAGAUACCCACCAACAAGCCCAGGCAAACUUUUACUGAGCAGAGUAAAGUAAGUAAGUCUGUGUGAGGGAGGAUUGGAGACAUCAAAUUAUUUUCUCAAGAAAGCAGUCCCAGUAGUACUGUCUGGGCUCUGUCGGCCUGGCAGGGUUUCAUUUCUCAUUAAAGCGUAAUCCCCCUUAACCCUUUGAGUGCCUCUCCUCUUAAACCUUCUGUGUCCCUCUCUCCUUAACCCUUUCAAUGCCUCUCCUCUUAACCAUUACAUUACAUUACAUUAAAGGCAUUUGGCAGACACUCUUAUCCAGAGCGACGUACAGUUCAUCAGACUAAGCAGGAGACAAUCCUCCCCUGGAGCAUUGCAGGGUUAAGGGCCUUGCUCAUGGGCCCAACGGCUGUGCGGAUCUUCUUGUGUCUAUACCGGGGAUUAGAACCACCGACCUUGCGGGUCCCUGUCAUGUACCUUAACCACUACGCUACAGGCUGCGCUCUCAGUGCCUCUCCUCCCUGGCUGAAGGGAGCUGAAGGCCGGUGGCGUUUCGGCGGAGGGCGGCGAUAAAGCGGGAGAGAGCCUGAGAAUGCCCACCGCCUGCCUGCGUGCGCAACUGAUGAUCUGAUCAUCUCAAAGUAUUCAGAGCGCAGUCAGCCCCCCAUGAGCAACAAGCCCAACACUGUGUCAGCGGGAGGGCCAGGGAACGAGGGACGGAGAAGGGGAGGGGAAGAGAAGAAGGGACACCGAGCUGAACGGAGAAGUGCAGAGAGGAGAAAGAGGCAGAAAGACCCGCACAGACGGGUAUUUGGGGGGGAAACGGAUGCAGGACUCAAUGUGCAGGAAUGCCCAAAGUUACUGUAACAGAUUCUCUAAAUCCUGGGAGAGAUUAUUUAAUUAAUAUAAUGGGGAAAAUACACUUCUUGUUGAAUAUUAUUUUGACCAAAUAAUGUGUUUGGUUCCAUUUUUUUUAUGAUUUGUGGAAUUAGGAACAACAAUCGUUUUACAUAAACAUAACUGUAAUUGUAAUUUUUCAGUAUGAAAACACAAAACAAUUUUUGU